CCAUGAUGCUGUGCGGCAAGGAGCAGCUCGGAGCAGGCUACGUUUGAUUAAGAUGGCGGCGGCUCCGGGGCACCAGUGAGUGGUUUCGGACGUCGAGGAACGUUACAGAUGGCUGGGGAAACUGUUGAAAAGAGAGAUCGAGAUUCUUCACCUGUCAAAGAAGAACGGAGACGCUCCCGUUCAGCAGACCGGGAACGCGACAGAGAGCGUGAGAGGAAGUCCUCUCCCAGUGCCAAAGACAGAAAACGACAUCGUUCCCGUGAGCGGAGACGAGGCAGCCGUUCAAGGUCUCGAUCUAGAUCCAAGUCACCUGAGAGAGAACGGCGGUAUAAAGACAGGGAGCGAGAAAAAGAGCGGGAUCGCAGCAAGAAGGACCGGGAUCGUGAGAAAGAUGGACACCGGAGGGACAAGGACCGUAAACGAUCCAGGAGCAGCUCUCCAAGUCGGAACAAAUCGAGGAAAGAAAGAGAUUCUCGUAAAGAUGAAGAGGAUGAGGCCUUGGCCAAGAAAGAAAAGGCUCAGCCGCUUUCGCUGGAGGAGCUCCUAGCCAAAAAGAAAGCCGAAGAAGAGGCUGAAGCUAAGCCCAAAUUUCUUUCCAAGGCAGAACGAGAGGCUGAGGCCUUGAAACGCCGGCAGCAGGAAGUGGAGGAGCGACAGCGGCUGCUGGAGGAUGAGAGGAAGAAAAGGAAGCAGUUCCAAGAGAUGGGGAGGAAGAUGCUGGAAGACCCCCAAGAGAGGGAGCGGCGUGAGAGGAGAGAGCGCAUGGAACGAGAGACCAACGGCAAUGAGGAUGAGGAGGGGCGUCAGAAAAUCCGUGAAGAGAAGGACAAGAGCAAGGAGCUGCAUGCUAUCAAGGAGCGGUACUUGGGCGGAGUCAAGAAGAGGAGGCGCACUCGACACCUGAAUGAUCGCAAAUUUGUCUUUGAAUGGGAUGCUUCGGAGGACACUUCUAUUGACUAUAACCCUCUCUACAAGGAGCGACAUCAGGUUCAGCUGCUGGGGCGUGGCUUCAUUGCCGGCAUUGACUUGAAACAGCAGAAGCGGGAGCAGUCCCGUUUUUAUGGGGACCUGAUGGAGAAGCGGCGCACACUAGAAGAAAAGGAGCAAGAAGAGGCACGUCUGCGCAAGCUGCGCAAAAAGGAAGCCAAGCAACGCUGGGAUGACAGGCAUUGGUCCCAAAAGAAAUUGGACGAGAUGACAGACAGAGACUGGCGUAUCUUCCGGGAGGAUUAUAGCAUCACCACCAAGGGUGGCAAGAUCCCCAACCCCAUCCGCUCCUGGAAGGACUCUUCCCUGCCCCCUCAUAUCUUGGAGGUUAUCGACAAGUGUGGCUACAAGGAACCGACUCCUAUCCAGCGUCAAGCUAUCCCUAUUGGUCUACAGAACCGUGACAUCAUUGGCGUGGCCGAGACUGGCAGUGGUAAAACAGCUGCCUUCCUUAUCCCACUGCUGGUGUGGAUCACCACCUUGCCCAAGAUUGACAGGAUUGAGGAGUCUGAUCAAGGACCAUAUGCCAUCAUUCUUGCCCCCACCCGUGAGCUGGCCCAGCAGAUUGAGGAAGAGACCAUUAAGUUUGGGAAACCACUGGGCAUUCGUACAGUGGCUGUUAUUGGUGGCAUCUCACGUGAAGACCAAGGCUUUCGCCUGCGCAUGGGCUGUGAGAUUGUGAUUGCAACCCCUGGCCGUUUAAUUGAUGUAUUGGAGAACCGUUACCUGGUGCUUAGCCGCUGCACCUAUGUGGUGCUGGAUGAGGCUGACCGCAUGAUUGACAUGGGCUUCGAGCCUGAUGUGCAGAAGAUUCUGGAGCACAUGCCUGUCACUAACCAGAAACCAGAUACUGAUGAGGCGGAGGAUCCUGAUAAGAUGAUGGCCAACUUUGAGUCGGGCAAGCACAAGUAUCGCCAGACGGUGAUGUUCACAGCCACCAUGCCACCUGCUGUGGAGCGCCUGGCCCGCAGUUACUUGCGCCGACCAGCUGUAGUUUACAUUGGCUCGGCUGGCAAGCCCCAUGAGCGAGUGGAACAGAAGGUCUUCCUCAUGUCUGAGUCAGAGAAGAGGAAGAAACUGUUGAAUAUUUUGGAGCAGGGCUUUGAUCCACCCAUCAUCAUCUUUGUCAACCAAAAGAAGGGCUGUGAUGUGCUGGCCAAAUCCCUGGAGAAGAUGGGGUAUAAUGCAUGCACCCUUCAUGGUGGCAAAGGUCAGGAGCAGCGAGAGUUUGCUCUCUCCAACUUGAAGGCUGGUGCCAAGGACAUUCUGGUUGCCACUGACGUGGCUGGGCGUGGUAUCGACAUCCAAGACGUGUCCAUGGUGGUCAACUAUGACAUGGCUAAGAAUAUAGAAGAUUAUAUCCACCGCAUUGGUCGAACGGGACGAGCUGGCAAGAGCGGUGUGGCCAUUUCCUUUGUCACCAAGGAGGACUCUGCCGUCUUCUAUGACCUUAAGCAAGCUAUCCUCGAGAGUCCGGUGUCUUCAUGCCCCCCAGAACUGGCAAACCAUCCAGAUGCCCAGCACAAGCCAGGAACCAUCCUUACGAAGAAGCGGCGAGAGGAGACUAUCUUUGCUUGAGCUCCACUAGAGGAGCAGUUCAUCAAAGAGCUGUGAGACAGCCUCCUUGCUGCCUGGAACCUGGGCAAGACUGAAAAAGCAAGGAUCCCAUGUUGUGAAACCGCUCUGCCAGUCCCUGGCACUUCGUCCUUAACAAGGCAUUGGCUUUUCUUUUUUUUUCAAACGUAGGUGACACCCCUACAUGUUACUGAUGUGACACUUCACAAAUUUAGGACCAAACAAGGUGAAUGUCAUUCCAAAGAGGCUAGAAUGUCACCUUGGGAAUCCUGAUCUAGACUGAUUAGCUUCAUUCUUGUUGGAGCCAGUGUUUAUCUGCCAUCUGGGAAAACUUUGUCUGCUUGGCUUAACUGAGCUAUGGCCAGGAGUCUAUCGCACUCGGAGGGGUGUGUGUGUUAAGUCCCAGGGCCUAAACGUCGUUUGUAACACGUUCCCUCAUUCACUGCUCCAUGAUCAGGCAAAACUCUAGGGCUUGGUCCUGUGAAAGAAGAAAUGCAAGUUGGGGGCACAGCAGCUGGAAUGCGGUAAUUCUUUUGUCCUCCUCCAAGAAGGACCUCGCAUCAUUUUGAAGCUCAGACUAUUGUUUCAGUGUGAUAAUUUCAUGAGAAAGGGUGGGGUGAUCACUAAAGAAUACUUGUUUUAUCCAGAGGAGGGCACUGCUCCUUACAGUCUGCAGAAAGGGGCAGGUGAUGUACAGAAAAACUGCUAUUUUUUCAGUGAUUUUUUGGUGUCCUAUUAUAAAUCUGUGUGAAAUAUU